AUGGCUUCAUUAGGCACCACAUCGAGAAAGCGAAAGCGCGAUGAACUUCUCUUUGCGGACCAAGAAAUCGCCACUGUGCACGUUGAAGACAGACAUCAAAUUCCGCGACAGUUCCACGUCCACAAGCACCUGCUGUGCUCAUCUUCCGAGGUGCUGCGCGAGCACUUUGACAGACAAGAUACGAGAGUGCCAGUGAUACGCGAGUUCUUCGACAUACGAGAUGCGAAAGUGAUGAGGCUCAAAGAUGUCCGCCCUGAAGAUUUCGAGUUGUUCUGUCGUUGGCUGUACACGAAGGCAUUGGACAUGGAGGAGAUAGAAGACGGUGUCGAUGACGGUCACAAAGCGACUAGUGGUCAUCUUUGCUCAGUCCACCAGCAAUUUUGCGUCAAGGUAGAAAAGACAAAUGGAGAUGGUGGCAGCGACAGCGGUACCGGUCAGACUGGGCAUGGACAACACCUACGCAUCCCUUUCAUUGCCGGUGGUGACAGUGGAGAUCCAACGAUCGACAAUAAGCCUUGGUACACCAACUUCAGCAAACAAUCACGCACCCUUGCUCGUUUGCUAGGCCUCUACAUCUUCGCCGAGGUGUACAAGGCAGACAGCUUCAAGGUUGCCGUGAUGCUGGAGUUCCAACGCUCUGCAUUCCAUUCGGACAUCCCAGCUGUGAACAUUGUGCGGCAUGCCCUGGACCACCUUGGUAUCGACUCGGGGAUGUGCUCGUACCUACUAGACCGGUACGGCAGUCAGGACUUUAGUUGUCCAGAGCGCGCAGAUGAAGCAAAGCUCGAAAAGGCCCUCUACAAGUUGCCAUCUCGAUUCCUCACACGGAUGAUAUCUCUUGUCGCUAGGAGGACUGCUGGUGGCACUGUCAAUGGCAAGGGCGACCGCUGGUGCGACUAUCAUGAGCACAAGAGCGAGGAGGAGCGCAAGGAAUGUGAGGACAGCAGACCGCAGGACGUCGAUGUGGUGAGGAAGGGACUCGAGAGAUUGGACGACUAG